AUGGCUGUGCUGUCACUGCUGCUGCUGCUUGGGCUAAUAGACAUAACUGCUGCCGUGGACGUCGCACCUAGAAUAAGAGCGGGGUCAAGGUGGAGAGGUGAAAAGAAUCACUCCGAAGACCUAGAGAGGGGGAACGACAGCGGGACACCACUGCCCACCUCUGAUAAUGGUGACAAUUCGCUGGGCUACACAGGUUCUCGCCUUCGACAGGAAGAUUUCCCACCUCGGAUCGUGGAACACCCCUCCGAUCUGAUUGUUUCCAAAGGAGAGCCAGCCACUCUGAACUGCAAAGCAGAGGGAAGGCCGACCCCCACCAUCGAGUGGUACAAGGGUGGGGAAAGGGUGGAGACGGACAAGGAUGACCCGCGCUCCCACCGGAUGCUGCUGCCCAGCGGAUCUUUAUUUUUCUUACGCAUCGUGCACGGGCGCAAGAGCCGGCCGGACGAAGGGGUCUACGUGUGUGUGGCAAGGAAUUACCUCGGGGAAGCUGUAAGUCAUAAUGCAUCGCUGGAGGUGGCAAUUCUACGGGAUGACUUCAGACAAAAUCCAUCAGAUGUCAUGGUAGCUGUGGGGGAACCUGCAGUGAUGGAGUGCCAGCCCCCAAGAGGUCACCCAGAACCCACUAUAUCGUGGAAGAAAGAUGGCACCCCUCUAGAUGACAAAGAUGAGAGAAUUACAAUCAGAGGAGGAAAGCUUAUGAUCACAUACACAAGAAAGAAUGAUGCUGGCAAAUACGUUUGUGUUGGAACAAAUAUGGUUGGAGAACGUGAAAGUGAAGUUGCAGAGCUCACUGUUUUAGAGAGACCAUCUUUUGUGAAGAGACCCAGCAAUUUGGCAGUAACUGUGGAUGACAGUGCAGAGUUUAAGUGUGAGGCGAGAGGUGACCCAGUCCCUACAGUGAGAUGGAGGAAGGAUGAUGGGGAGCUACCAAAAGCAAGAUACGAAAUUCGUGAUGAUCAUACCUUGAAAAUCAGGAAAGUUACAGCAGGAGACAUGGGAUCAUACACUUGUGUUGCAGAAAAUAUGGUUGGAAAAGCUGAGGCAUCAGCAACUUUAACAGUUCAAGUUGUGUCUGAGCCUCCACAGUUUGUUGUAAAGCCUCGAGACCAGGUAGCUGCACUGGGGAGAACAGUGACUUUCCAGUGUGAAGCAACUGGAAACCCUCAGCCAGCCAUCUUCUGGAGGAGAGAAGGGAGUCAGAAUCUGCUUUUCUCAUACCAGCCCCCUCAGUCAUCCAGCAGAUUUUCAGUUUCCCAGACAGGAGACCUCACCAUCACCAAUGUCCAGAGAUCUGAUGUUGGGUACUAUAUCUGCCAGACUUUAAAUGUUGCAGGAAGUAUCAUAACAAAAGCCUACUUGGAAGUUACAGAUGUGAUUGCAGACCGGCCUCCCCCUGUCAUUCGGCAGGGUCCUGUGAAUCAGACUGUAGCUGUAGAUGGUACUUUAGUCCUGAACUGUGUGGCCACAGGCACUUUAAUGCCCACUAUCCUCUGGAAAAAGGAUGGGAUCCUCAUUUCCACCCAAGACUCUCGCAUCAAGCAGCUGGAGACAGGAGCACUGCAGAUCAGAUAUGCCAAGCUGGGUGACACUGGCCGAUACACCUGCAUCGCCUCCACCCCGAGUGGCGAAGCGACGUGGAGCGCAUUCAUAGAGGUCCAAGAGUUUGGAGUCCCAGUGCAGCCACCAAGACCCACUGACCCAAACUUGAUUCCUAGUGCUCCAUCAAAGCCCGAGGUUACAGAUGUCAGCAGAAAUACAGUAACAUUGUCAUGGCAACCUAAUUUGAAUUCAGGUGCAACACCAACCUCUUAUAUAAUUGAGGCCUUCAGCCAUGCAUCAGGGAGCAGCUGGCAAACUGUAGCUGAAAAUGUGAAAACUGAGAGUUUUGCAGUUAAAGGGCUAAAACCUAAUGCAAUUUAUCUCUUCCUUGUGAGAGCAGCUAAUGCGUAUGGGCUGAGUGACCCAAGCCAAAUAUCUGAUCCAGUGAAAACUCAAGAUGUUCCGCCAACAAGUCAAGGUGUGGAUCACAAGCAGGUCCAGAGAGAGCUGGGUGACGUGGUGCUACAUCUGCACAACCCUACUAUCCUUUCUUCCUCCUCAAUCGAAGUUCAUUGGACUGUGGACCAGCAAUCCCAGUAUAUUCAAGGAUAUAAAAUUCUGUACCGGCCUACACCAGCAUCUUACGGAGAAUCAGAGUGGUUAAUCUUUGAAGUGAGGACUCCAACCAAAAACAGUGUUAUCAUUCCGGAGCUGAAGAAAGGUGUAAACUAUGAAAUCAAGGCCCGCCCUUUCUUUAAUGAGUUUCAGGGAGCAGAUAGUGAAGUGAAAUUUGCAAAGACCCUGGAAGAAGCUCCUAGCGCUCCACCUCAGAGUGUUUCAGUAACCAAGAACGAUGGGAACGGGACAGCAAUCGUGGUCACCUGGCAGCCACCCCCUGAGGACAACCAGAACGGGAUGGUUCAGGAAUACAAGGUCUGGUGCCUUGGCAAUGAAAGCCGAUACCACAUAAACAAGACAGUGGAUGGAACCACCUUCUCCGUGGUCAUCCCCUCCCUCGUUCCCGGUAUCCGAUACAGCGUGGAAGUGGCUGCAAGCACUGGGGCAGGACCUGGAGUGAAAAGCGAUCCCCAGUUUAUCCAGUUAGAUUCUCAUGGAAACCCUGUGUCUUCAGAAGAUCAAGUCAGUUUAGCCCAGCAGAUUUCUGAUGUAGUAAAGCAGCCUGCCUUUAUUGCUGGCAUUGGUGCAGCCUGUUGGAUUAUCCUCAUGGUCUUCAGCAUCUGGUUGUACCGACACAGGAAGAAGAGGAAUGGACUGACGAGUACUUAUGCUGGUAUCAGAAAAGUCCCGUCUUUUACCUUCACACCAACAGUAACAUAUCAGAGAGGAGGAGAGGCCGUAAGCAGUGGAGGCAGGCCUGGACUCCUAAACAUCAGUGAACCAGCCACUCAGCCGUGGUUAGCAGAUACUUGGCCUAACACAGGGAACAAUCACAAUGACUGCUCCAUCAACUGCUGCACCUCUGGCAAUGGCAACAGUGAUAGCAACCUUACAACGUACAGUCGACCAGCCGAUUGUAUAGCAAAUUACAACAAUCAGCUGGACAACAAGCAGACAAACCUGAUGUUGCCUGAGUCAACGGUAUAUGGGGACGUGGACCUCAGCAACAAAAUCAAUGAGAUGAAAACCUUCAAUAGUCCAAAUCUAAAGGACGGAAGAUUUGUCAGCCAGCCUGGGCAGCCCACUCCGUAUGCCACCACUCAGCUCAUCCAGUCCAAUAUCAGCAAUAAUGUUAACAAUGGCAGCGGGGACACGAAUGAGAAACACUGGAAACCCUCUGUUCAGCAAAAGCAAGAGGUUCCACCCAUACAGUACAACAUUAUGGAGCAAAACAAAUUAAACAAAGAUUAUCGAGUAAAUGACAACAUUGCUCCAACUAUUCCCUACAACCAGUCAUAUGACCAGAAUACAGGUGGAUCCUACAACAGCUCAGACAGAGGCAGUAGUACAUCUGGGAGUCAAGGGCACAAGAAGGGUGCUCGGACCCCAAAGGCUCCCAAGCAAGCUGGCAUGAACUGGACAGAUCUUCUGCCACCUCCUCCAGCACAUCCACCUCCCCACAGCAACAGCGAGGAUUACAGCAUUUCAGUGGAUGAAAGCUAUGACCAAGAAAUUCCUUGUCCUGUGCCACCUGCAAGGAUGUAUCUGCAGCAGGAUGAGCUAGAGGAAGAGGAAGAAGAUGAGCGAGGUCCUACUCCACCUGUCCGAGGAGCAGCUUCCUCUCCAGCCGCUGUCUCCUAUAGCCAUCAGUCAACUGCCACUCUCACCCCCUCUCCCCAGGAAGAACUCCAGCCCAUGUUACAGGACUGUCAGGAGGAUCUGGGACACACACAACACCAACCUGACCGGAGACGUCAGCCUGUGAGUCCUCCACCCCCUCCAAGGCCCAUCUCCCCACCACAUACGUAUGGAUACAUCUCAGGGCCCUUGGUGUCUGACAUGGAUACUGACGCCCCAGAAGAGGAGGAGGAUGAGGCGGAUAUAGAAGUGGCCAAGAUGCAGAACAGGAGGCUCCUUUUGCGUGGCCUGGAGCAAACCCCCGCUUCCAGCGUCGGGGAUUUGGAGAGCUCUGUCACAGGGUCCAUGAUCAAUGGCUGGGGCUCAGCCUCUGAGGAAGACAACAUCUCCAGCGGGCGCUCCAGCGUGAGCUCCUCCGACGGAUCCUUCUUCACCGACGCCGAUUUUGCACAGGCUGUGGCGGCAGCCGCCGAGUACGCCGGGCUCAAAGUGGCCAGGAGGCAAAUGCACGAGGCAGCAGGAGGCCGUAGACAUUUUCAUACAUCACACUGUCCCAGACCCACCAGCCCUGUAUCUACCGACAGCAACAUGAGUGCUGUUGUAAUACAGAAGGUCCGACCUGCCAAAAAGCAAAAACACCAGCCAGGACAUCUGCGCAGAGAAGUCUACACAGAUGAUCUGCCCCCUCCUCCUGUGCCCCCUCCGGCCGUGAAGUCCCCGACGGCGCAGUCCAAGUCGCAGCUGGAGGUGCGGCCGGUGAUGCUGCCCAAACUGGCCUCCAUGGAGGCGAGGACGGACAGAUCUGCGGACAGGAAGGGAGCGAGCUACAAGGGCAGGGAGGGGGCGGAGGGCAGGCAGCAUCCCGACGUGAGGACGGGCUCGGGGGAGCGCAGGGAGCCCCAGGAGCCGCCGAGCGACGGCAAACCGCGAGCCAGCAAAGCACCAAAACGAGACGGCACACCAGCAAAAAGUCAUCUUCUUCAAGAGGACAUCCUGCCAUACUCUAGACCAACGUUUCCAACAUCAAAUAAUCCUAGAGAUCCCAGCUCCUCCAGCUCCAUGUCCUCAAGAGGGUCAGGAGGCAGACAGAGGGCAGAUCAAGCAAAUCUAGCCCGAAGGAAUGUUGCAGAAAUGCAAGUACUGGGAACCUAUGAACAAGAAGAGGAAGAAGAAGAAGAGAUGGAGAAUGCUAGUUUUCUUUCACUCAUGCUUUGUAAGCCCUCCUCACUAGGAACGGCCCUCGCCUACUCCGUAACGCCGAGCGCGUCCCCUUCACUGCCCGAGGGAGGCUGCUCUUCGAGGUGCUUGGGCCAGCUGCUGCUCCAGGAUUAG